AUGCGAGCAGCGCUCUCCUACGGGAAUAUCUCACUGCCGUUAUGGGCGCGGGCGCGUACCGGUGAUGUCACCGGCGGCACCGAGCUGACCUUCGAGCUGCCCGACAGCGCCAAGCAGUGCUUCCACCAGGAGCUGGAGCGCGGCCUCAAGUUCACGCUGGACUAUCAGGUGAUCACCGGGGGACACUACGACGUGGACUGCUACGUGGAGGACCCCAACGGCAGGACGAUCUACAAGGAGACCAAGAAGCAGUACGACAGCUUCCCGCACCGCGCUGAAGUCAAGGGUGUCUACACCUUCUGCUUCAGCAAUGAGUUCUCCACCUUCUCCCACAAAACCGUCUACUUCGACUUCCAGGUGGGCGACGAGCCACCGAUCCUGCCCGACAUGAGCAACCGCGUCACCGCCCUGACGCAGAUGGAGUCCGCCUGCGUCACCAUCCACGAGGCUCUGAACACGGUGAUCGACUCCCAGACUCACUACCGCCUGCGGGAAGCACAGGACCGGAGCAGAGCCGAAGACCUCAACGGCCGGGUCUCAUACUGGUCGGUCGGGGAAACCGUCAUCCUCUUUGUGGUCAGCAUUGGGCAAGUGAUGCUGCUCAAAAGCUUCUUCACCGAGAAGAGACCCAGCGGCGGCGGGGCCGGCACCUAG